AUGUCAGCUCUCGCCCCCGCCACCUCCGCCGAGUCCCCCGGCGAGCAACUGCCCGCGACCGCGCCCGAGAAGGGCAGCCCAGGCAGCAUGCCCUAUACAGAUGUUCUGCCGUCGUCGCCGUCCAAAGAGGGCCUCCGCCUCCGUGGUAGCAACGUCUCGAGCGACGCACAGGUGACGGCAACAACAACGGCACUCCCUUGGAACAAGCGUAUCAUGCGCAAGCGCGUCCCCAAGGCAGUUCAGAGUCUUCCCCUUCUCCACAAGCCCGAGCGCGAUCCAGAGGGACCAUGGCACCACGAGGAACACAAGAUGAACGAGUGGAUGCCUCUCUUCCAGGGCAAGUCGCAGUCUGUCUUGAGCCCCGAGAAGAUUCCCAACUUCUUCGCAUAUUACAUUAUCAUCUUCUCGAUGUGGUAUGCCCACACCACCUACGUCAUCCGUUACGAGGCCGACGACAAGCUCCACCGUCUCUUCCGACUUGCCACUAUAUGCGUGUUCGUCUAUGUCGGCGCGUCCAGCGGUGGCUGGGAUCUCGCAAACAUCCGCGAGUGGGAAUCGAUCCCUGGAAUCAGCGAAGACGACGCUUCUACGCAUGCCACUUCAAGUUUCUUGACCGUCGUGCUUUCUGGCCUGGCUCUGCGUGUCAUGCUGAUCAUUCAGUACACCAUUGUCAUGUUCGCUGGUCACAAGGUCGGUCGCCCCAGACGCCACAUUCUGUAUCCUAUCAUCAGCCUCAUCAUCAGUGCUGUAGCCUGGAUCAUUGCGGCUUCUAUUCCUGCUACAACAGACGUCAGGUGUCGCGUCAAGAUCGCCAUCCUCUAUUUGGGCAUCUUUUGGGAAAUCGUAUCGUCCUUUGGCCAAGUCGUCCUUGGGUUCCAGAUCCCGGCACGCCCUGCGGAUGUUAGCGAGUGUUUUGGCUCCCUGACCCUAGUCAUGCUUGGCGAGGGGUUUGUGGGUGUCACCAAGGCCUUCCAGAACGCUCUGGCCGGUAUUGGCUACAAGGACGGGUCCCUCUAUGCCCACGUCUUCCUGGUCAUCAGUAUCCUGUACUUCAUCUGGGGAUUCUUCUUCUCCCAUUUUGACAAGGACGAUGGAGUCGACGCGGGUCGCUCUUGGGUGUGGGAGCUGCUUCACUUGCCGCUCCUAUUCUGCCUGCUGCUUCUGUUGGCAAGCCUCGUCAACGUUGUCACUAUCACCGCCUGGGGCGACGCCUUGCUCGAUGUUGUGAAUGAGUUUGGAACCGCAAUCAACACUUACGCAGCGACAGGCCAGAGGCUCGACAGCGUCAGGCUGGGCCGUCUUUCCAAUUUUUUGUCUCGGAUUGACCUUGUACCCGACUUUCAGACUCAGUACGAAACCAUGGUCAAUCUGAUCGACCAAACCAAGAACAUGACCGUUGUGGAUCAACCAGGAGUGGACAACUUCACAGUGUUGGAAUACCAAUACUUGCUUCAAAUCGUCGUCAGUUCGGCUCAAAGUGCCGCUGUGGAUAUCCCAAAGGACGUAUGGGGCGACUACUACGUGCUCUUGAGCAGCAACACCACCAACCCCGUGGACGACGCUCUUUAUCCUGAGUUAUCAAACAUUGUUUUCUCAGACGUGGGCCAGUUGGCAAACGGCGCAUACAGUGGAGCCCGAUGGUUGUUCCCAGCGGCUGGCGUUGUCUUGAUCCUUUGCGCUUUCCGUUCCCUCACGCGCUACCACUUUGAGGGUUUGGCGCAAUACGUCGUCAACGGCAUGCAAAUCCUCUUUGGUAUUGUUCUUGCCCUUCUCGGUCUUCUCAACAUUGGCCCAAAGGAUGCCGUCGACGUUGACCGCUUCGCCGCAACUGGCGAAGACAGUGGAACCAAUCCAAUGUACAAUUCCAUCGACGCCGUUGCGGCGAUCCCCACUGUCUUUGCCUUUUACGCUAUUGUGACGUUUGGAAGCUCUGUCAUCCUCUGGGCUGCUGCCCGCAAAGAGAAGACAAAGGCCGCCGGCCGCCGUUUCUGGUCUCGCAACAAAAAGGCCGACUUGGUCAGCCCGGACAGCACACAGGCGGUGUAG